AGUGGGUACAUGACAUCCGUGCCUUUCCCUCCCAUGUCCCAAGACCUGGGGUUUCCCUUAACCACUCAUUGAAGAUGAAUCCUCACAUCUCCGUCCCCCGCCAACAUGCCAGCCCGGCCAGCUUCGGCGGCACCACCCCAGCAAGCCGCGGGUCUAGUAUCCGCAUGCCGCGAUUCUUCAAGAGGCUGUUCAAGUUCCCGCAAAUGGACUUCGAGAUGGCUAUCUGGGAGAUGACAUCUUUGUUGAUUGCGCCGAAGAAGGUCUUCAAAUCAAUCUAUUACCAUAAACAAACGAAAAACACCUGGCACCGUCCGGACCCUUCAUUUACCUACCUCCUAUCCUUCUUCCUUCUACUUACCGCCCUCGCGUGGGGACUCGCCUAUGCGCCCUCCUUCGGCUCCAUUGUCCGGCUCUCGUUAAUCUUCAUCUUUGUCCACUUCAUCGGCUCGUCCUUGCUGGUCUCGACAGUCGGGUACUUCGCGAUCCCGCGGUUGUUCGGGCCCGAUGGCGCAGCCGCAUCGCUGACGGGAUUCCGCGGCGGGCGUGGACGGAGACGCGGCGCAGCGCAAGGCCUAUUCACGCAGCCGGGAGAGAAGGACCAGCUUGAAUUCGGAUACUGCUUUGAUGUAUCGAAUCGAGCAUUCUUUCCUCUGUAUCUGCAUCUCUACGUGGUCCAGUUCCUGGUCCUCCCGCUGCUCCAGCGCAGCCCCAGCAACGCCCUGGCCACCUUCCUUGGAAACACACUUUACCUGUCGGCUGUAACCUACUACACCUACAUCACGUUCCUCGGAUACAAUGCGCUUCCGUUUCUGCACAACACGGAGCUUCUGCUGCUCCCCAUCCUGGCAUUUGCGGUGCUGUGGCUGGUGAGCUUGAUUUGCGGAUGGGGGAUAGUGGCGCAAGGCCACGGGGUGGAAGGACUGUUCUGGGGUGCAUGAUUGUUCCCCGCACAUGACAUGUUAUACACACCUGUUCUACCCAUUCUUGUGCAAGUAAUUUGUCAUUUCCGUUUCGGCGCCGGUGUAUAUGGUGAUCUUUGGUCUAUUUUUAUGUCUGUUCUGUCCGUUCAGGGAAUGGGUUCGGGAGCAUAAUGAUUGCAUAGGUUCGUUUCUGGUGGUCUCCUUUCAUACUCUGCUCCACAUGAGAGCAGGCAAAAGACAUAUGGUUCAUACUGUACAGCAUAGCUG